CUUCGUUCCGCCGCGCGCCGCUGCCAGGGGUGGCUUGAGGCGGCGCUCGUCUACUCCUCACACACAUCCUUCCCGGAAAGUCACCGUGACACGACGAGGGAAACCGACCCCUGCAGGGAAUAUGGCGAGUCUCAGAAAUGGCAUCGAAGGGACGAGCGGCGGCGGCGAAGAGGAAAACUUUGAAGAUGCCUUUGAAAACAUCCCAGUGGCUACCAAGAUGGAUCUUGCGUGUGCUUUGGAAGAGAGUUCGAUGGCAUUGAAUCUAUUUUUGAAUAACAAAUUCUCAGAAGCUCUGGAAUUACUUCGUCCAUGGUCUAAAGGCAGUAUGUACCAUGCCCUGGGAUAUAGCAGUAUUUUAGUUAUGCAGGCUGCAAUGACCUUUGAACAACAGGAUAUCCAGAGGGGACUUGCUACAAUGAAAGAAGCUUUACAAACUUGCCAAAAAUUCAGGAAAAGAAACACAGUGGUAGAAUCAUUGUCCAGUUUAGUUUUGAAACAGAGUGUAGAUCAGCUAAGUGAAGAGGAAAUGCAUGCAGAACUCUGUUAUGCUGAAUGUUUACUACAGAAAGCAGCGCUGACAUUUGUACAGGAUGAAAAUAUGAUCAACUUCAUCAAGGGUGGCCUCAAAAUCAGGACAAGUUACCAAAUAUACAAAGAAUGUCAUCAAGUUCUCCAGAUGUCUCAGGACAGCAAAAGCAAGAACGAAAUAUUCCACCAAUUUGAAGGAGGUGUGCAACUAGGAAUAGGAGCAUUCAAUUUGAUGCUGUCCCUUUUACCAGGAAGAAUCCUCCGGCUUCUAGAAUUUAUUGGGUUUUCAGGCAAUAGGGAGCUGGGUCUCCAGCAGUUACAGGAAGGGGCUUCUGGUGCCAGUCUGCGGGCCACACUGUGUACUUUUACCUUGCUGCUGUAUCACACUUACGUUUCGUUAAUCCUUGGAAUAGGGGAAGCCAACCUUUCAGAAGCAGAUGCCCUCCUUCACCCUUACCUUCAGAGGUUUCCAAAGGGUGCCAUCAUUCUGUUUUAUGAUGCCAGAAUAAACGUACUAAAAGGAAAUUUUGAAAAGGCUCAGGGAACAUUCCAGGAAUGCAUUGCAGCUCAGCAAGAGUGGAGACAGAUCCAUCACCUCUGCUACUGGGAGAUGAUGUGGUGCUACUCCUUCCAGCAGGACUGGCUUCAGGCAUAUCGGUAUGCAGAUCUGCUGUGCAAAGAAAGCAGGUGGUCAAAGGCAAUAUAUAUGUUCCAGAAAGCUGCCAUUUUGGCUAUGCUUCCAGACGCUGAUGUGAAAGCAACAGGAGAAGACAUUGUAUCUUUGUUUAGGCAAGUAGAAGGCCUAAAGCAGAGAAUUGCAGGAAAAUCUAUCCCAACAGAAAAGUUUGCUGUAAGGAAAGCACGACGCUAUGCAGGCUCCCAGCCAGUGAAGCUAAUAGUACCUGCUCUGGAAAUGAUGUAUGUCUGGAAUGGCAUUUCAGUUGUUGGCAAGAGAACUGACCUCACUGAGAAUUUAUUAGUUACAAUUGAAAAAGAAGAAACAGCAUUAAAAAAUGAAACUAAUCAUAAUGAAUACUACAUGGAUGACAUCUGUCUACUGCAACUGCUAAAAGGUCUAUGUUUAAAACAUUUAGGAAGACUCUUGCAAGCAGAACUCUGCUUCAAUGAAGUUAUUCAAAGUGAGAAACAGCUGAAAUACGAUAAUUACCUAGUUCCAUAUACGAUGUACGAGUUGGGACUUCUGUACAAACAACAGGAUGAAAGAGAAAAAGCAAUAAGAUUUAUAGAAGCUGCAAAAAACAAUUAUAAGGAAUAUUCGAUGGAAUCCAGGUUGCACUUCAGAAUCCACGCAGCACUUAACAGUCUAAAAGUGACUCCUGCUCCAACACCUUGAUGUCAUCUGAGCGUGAUGCGUAACAUAAGUGUCUACAAGUUACUGUAUGAAAGCUUACAGAAAUCAUGUAAAUGAUGUAACAAAAGAGAUGUCGUUUAUAUUUUCUAUCAUUUGUGAUAUUUGAAUGUUUGUCAUCCUUUUGAGCUCUUCAUUUUUCUAUGGUGCACUUCCAUAUCUAUGCUUCACAUUUUAGAAAAAGUCCGUAUAUUUUGUUUAUAAAAGGAUUGAUUUAACGCUUGACACGAAAAGAGAGUAUUUAAAAAAAAAACCUGUUGGUGCAAUAAAGAGUAAUUCAGACUUUAUUUUUUUAUGAGAAGACUAAUAUUGUUUAUGUAUGAAACUGAUGAUUGUGUUCAGUUUCAGCAUUUCAUGAAAGCUUGAAUUUUUGCAAUAUCUUUCUCAUAUAGAACUAAAAAAACAUUGGCUGCUGGUAGCCCUAGUUGUGUAUUUGGAUUUGAAGCUUCAAUUUACCUACCAAAGACCUGACUUAUCAUAUUGUAGCCAAAAAGAAUGAAUGGCUUAAAGUCAUUUCAUGAAUGUUAGCUGGAAUUCAGUGCAAUAUACUGACAAUGCAUGUGUAAACAAAAUUAAGGAAAGACUUUUGUUGUUGUUGCCCUCUAAAACUGAUUUUAGGAUACAUGCAAGAAGUAAAAAAAAGAAACUCUGAAUAAUAGUAUCAGUUUAGUUGUUUGUUCCACUGUUAUGUAUUUAAUUAACUGAUGUACCCACAGCCAAAGGUCAGUACUCCUACUACUGCAUGUUUUUGAGGGAGGUUUCCAAUUUAAUUAUGAAUAUUUGUUGAGAAAAUUGACACCCAUAAAGUAUAUUUGGCAUAUCAUUAUAGCAUGACGUCUUUAAUACAUUUGUAUUGUAAAAUAAGUGAACAUUCUUAUUGUCUGAAUCAAUCCCUUAUUAAUAUAAUCUUUGUGCAUAAAGUAUUUUAUGCUAUAUAACCUGCAGGCAGAUGCACAUUUCUGAGGGUGUGUACCCUCUCUGUCCAGGUUUAGUCCUUUAGCAAUAUAAUGAAAAUAUACCAGAAGGCACAAACAACUUCUGUUAUUUAAGGACCAAAUCUAUUCAUGUGAAUGUUUACUGCUUCAUGUAAUAUUGUAUAUUUAUGAUGCAUAGUACUAUUAGUACAGUUUGAGGUGGUGUUUUUUUCCUUGCUCUUCGGCAUUUUUUGUACUUGGGCUAUUAAUAAUGGGCUGCUAAAUUAAUGGGAAAGUUGGGCUAUUUAUUUUGAUCAAAAUUGUGCUGGCUGAUAUGGGACACACAGUACUAUAAGCAGUAGUUUUAGGAUAAAAAGGACAAUUCUGGUACAGCUCUCCAAACUUUAAUAAAUGGGUUGUCUUGCUGGUAGAUGGUUGACAGCUAUGUUCAACAGGCUCCUUUUAUUUCUUGCUAUAUUUUAUUCUAAAAUACUGUUUCCUAUCUAUUCCUUUUAAACUUUUAAUGCCCUCCAUUUGGUGGUAGAUGAGGCAUUUUCCUCCAUCUCUCUCAGCAUUUUAAGAUUACUGUAACAGAAUUUCAAGGGAGCAGGUCUGCCUUGUUAAAUUCAGGAUAAAUUCAAAGGAAGUGAGUUUGUGCCAAGUCAAGGGGACACUUUGCACAUCACUUUUCCAGAUAUGGAUUUUAAUACUCUUGCCAAGGAAAGCACAUAUAGUUAACAAGGAUGUUCCGGCACAUGUGGCUUUUUGCUUUCAAUCCAUGUGAUAGCAUGAAUGUUCAACACAUUAUUUCAGUUCCGGUAUGAGACUUGCAGGCAAACAGUUGUGAUUUUAAAAGAUUAUGUUUUAUUUGCUGCCUGGUGACUAUUUAAAUCUUUUUGUCUCUUAAAUAGCCACAAGUAUUCUUAAAAUAUCAUUGCAAAGUAGAAUUCUUUUGUGUAGUUUGUAUGUCCAGGGUUUCAUAUGCAGAACUCUAUCAAUGUCACUGGGUUAUUUAAUAAAUACUAUUAGACAAGAAUCUGGUAAACAUAUAUGGAGUCACUACUAGCUUUAAAUAAUUGUGGUGUUAACUAUAGGGAUACAGUUACUUAAUAUGCUAUGUCAACUUUGCUCCUAGUUAUAAUUUUGCAUUAAAUUUACUACAACUAUAUGCUUAUGCUGUAUAUUUAAAUGUUGAUUAUUUUAGUGACAUGUUGCUUAAAUAUAUAUUCACAUUCUAUUUUACUUUUAAUAACGGAUAAUAAUUUCCAGCUUCUAAUAGAAAUGUUAAUGAGAAAUUACAUUUUUAAAAGGGGGGUUACUAAAGGACUCUGUUCAUGUAAAUUAUAAUGGUUCUGGUUGUCAGCUGUUUUGUAACUUUAUCAAGGCCAGAAAAUAAUUUGGCAAAUAGAUUUAGAACAUUUUGCCAAUUGCAACAUAAUGAUCAACAGCUAUGUCCUAUACAAGGAACAAAUUCAUGCUCUGGAUCUGGUUUAUUGGAUUUGACUGUGAAUAUAGCUUUUAUUAUACUGCCUGACUAAAAAAAAAAAUCAGUAGUAUUCUUAGUGGCUACUAUUUUUACUGUCUUGAUUGCAUUUUAUUUCACAAAACUGUCUAAGAGGAUAUUUAUUUACCAGUGCUAUGUAAAAAAAAUGAAUAGACUAGUAUCCUAUCUCUACACAUUUGCUUGGAAAGAAGUCUAACUUGGUUAACUGAAGCUUACAUCCAAAUAAGUGUGCAUAGGAUUGCAGCCUUAGUAUGAUGCUUGCAGUGGAUCACAAAGUUUAUAAUAGUGUAACUGAGCAGAAUUAGGACAGAGAUGAUAUCCAUACCUCAGUGUGAGUUUUGUCACAGAGUUCUGUUAUCCUGACUUCCUAUGAUAGGAAAAGCAACAAAAU